GAAAGUCAGCCAGCUCGAGAGACCUCCACUUGUAGACGCCCCGUACGUACGUCGAUCAGUACCAGACGCCACCUUACACAAAUAGCACGCGCAGCAGUGAUCGACGCACCAUCGUGCCAUUCCCCGCCAAGGUGAUCGAUGGAGAAGUCCGGCGCCGUUCCCCGGUGGCGGUUCCUCCUCCUCGUCGCCGCGGCGUUCUGGGUCUGCAUACUCUAUUUCCGCAUGUCCCUGGUGCUCACAGGCGUGGCAGUGGAGCACACGGUGUCGUAUGCACCGGGCUACGACAACCGGCGCGGUGGCGACGACGCCGAUCCAUGCCGGGGACGUUAUGUGUACAUGCACGAGCUCCCGCCGCGGUUCAACGCCGAAAUCCUCCGUGGCUGCGGCAGCACGGAUGGCCGCUGGCCCGACAUGUGCGAGCAGCUGAGCAACGCCGGCCUCGGGCAGCCGCUGGGCGACGAGAUCGGCGCCGGCCAGACGAAGGGGGAUUAUGUCGGGCUCACGGCCGCGGGCGGCUGGUACGCCACCCACCAGUUCGCGCUGGACGCCAUCUUCCACGGCCGCAUGCGGCGGCACAGGUGCCUCACCAACGACUCCUCCAAGGCGGCCGCCGUGUUCGUCCCGUUCUACGCCGGUUUCGACUUCGUGCGGCACCACUGGGGCUACGACGACGCGACGCGGGACGCCGCGUCCAGGGACCUGGCGCGCUGGCUCGUGCGCAGGCCUGAGUGGCGCAGGGCAGGCGGCCGCGACCAUUUCCUCGUGGCCGGGCGGACGGCGUGGGACUUCCGGCGCGACACCAACCUCAACUCCAACUGGGGCACUAACCUCCUCCUCCUCGAGGCCACCAAGAACAUGACCGUCCUCGUUGUCGAGUCGUCCGCUCCCGGCCACGGCAACGACGCGGCGGUGCCUUACCCGACCUACUUCCACCCGCGGGCAGCAGCUGACGUCCUGGACUGGCAGAACAGGAUCAGGAACGCCGACCGGCCCUGGCUGAUGUCCUUCGUUGGCGCCCCGCGGCCGGGGGACCCUCGGUCCAUCCGGUCGCAGAUCAUCGCCCAGUGCGGCGCCGCGUCAUCCGCGUGCCAGCAGCUGGGCUGCGCCUUCGGGGCCAGCCAGUGCCAUACCCCUGCCGCCAUCAUGCGGCUGUUCGAGAGUUCCGUUUUCUGCCUCCAGCCGCCGGGGGACUCGUACACGCGGCGGUCGGCGUUCGAUGCCAUGGUUGCCGGGUGCGUGCCGGUGUUCUUCCACCCGGCGUCCGCGUACCUCCAGUACACGUGGCACCUGCCGAGAGAUCACGCCCGAUACUCGGUGUACAUACCGGAGGACGACGUGCGCGCGGGGACCGUGAGCAUCGAGGAGACGCUCAAGAGGAUACCGCCGGCGGCCGUGCGGAGGAUGCAGGAGGAGGUCGUCAGGCUCGUGCCUAGGCUGGUGUACGCCGACCCGAGGUACACGAUGGAGACGGUGAAGGACGCCUUCGACGUCGCCGUGGAUGCUGUCGUCGACAAGGUGGCGGAGACACGCACGGGCGAAUCGGAGGGCGGUGAAGUCCGCUGGUCGAGCUGGCUGCACAAGAUUUGGUCGAAUUAACGGGUCUGGCCGGCGUGAAGUGAAAUUUUGUGGUACGGGCUUUUGGCACUUCUGCGCAGAUUGUUUCUAAACCCAAACCCAAGAAGUCUUAGCUUUGUCUAUCCCCCCGCAUAAUCUCAGGUUUGUUUACGGGAAAAUGUCCUAAUAUUUAAGAUAUCAAAUAAAUAAACUUCGGCUGAGGGGAC